AUGUUAAAAAGGUUCUUGGGACACCAGUUAUAUGUACCAGUUGGAAAAAAUAGUGUACGGUUCCUAAGAUCUAAUAGGCCAACGGUGAAAAUCAGUGAAGAAAGAUUUCAAAUUAUGAUAGAUCUCAAAGAAUACACUUUGGAUGAAAUAUCUGUGAAAGCACAUCCCGAGUAUUUGGUUGUUGAAGGUAAGCAGGAGAAAGACACAGAAAGCGGCUUAAUGAUAAGGCAGUUCACUAGGAAAUUCAGGCUACCAAAAGGUUGCAACCCAAAGAAAGUCGAAUCACUAUUUUCUCCUGAUGGGGUUUUGACGAUUGUUGCAUUUCGGGCGGGCAUCGACUUGGACACGUGUGAUAUAGUUGAAGUUCCUAUUAAUAAUGAGAGUCAAUUGAGAGGACGAAAACCAAAGGACACGAAAAUAUACCCACCCUAUUGUGGAACAUAUAAUAAAGUCGUUCCAAAGGAAUCUAAAACAGAGGACAAAACAAAAAAAUAA